AUGUUUGCCCGCAACGCAAUACUACGUCGGGUCAACCGCCGAAGCAACAAGACCCCCGACUUGCGUGGUUCUUUUUCGAAGACCACCAGCUUCAGAAGAGCAGAGAAGAUCAAAGUAGAAACUACUGAUGGUGAGAUUGUGCAAGGACGUGGUAGGAUCCGCCGCCGCACCCAUAGCGAACUGAAGUCCGCUAUUGAAUCCAUGGAGCACCCUGCGAUCUGGCUGUGGUACCCGUGGCGUAAGAAUCCAGAGCCACCGACACCCUACAUGCCCUCUCGCCGGGCUCUCAAGAACGUGCACGGUGCCAUUUUUACGAAUCUUACACCUAUCCAGCAAAAGAAACAGGAGCAGAUGCUCUACGGUGUCAACAUACCCGAAACCCGCGAGAUGCGCUUUGAGAAGGAACAUCCCAUGCUUGCCUCCGCGUUACGACAGUUAAAGGGUCAGCCAAAGGGAUUCCCGUUUUGGUAUCGGAAAUAUCCUACCCGACGACAUGCCUAUGAGCGACGCUUCAGCAUCCCAGAAGAGAUGCUGGAGGGCUAUAACGAGAACAUUAAGAAAGCUGUCUCCAAGGAGAUGAUGAGCCUUCGGGAGAAGCAAUUCGCACAGGAGGCGAUGUACAUGGAGCGCUACGCGGAGCACGACUUCGACACCACCAGCCCCGCCGUCUUGGCAGUGAAGCGCGCGCUUAAAAUGCGAAUCCUACGAAACCAUCUCCUCACGAAUCCCCACAACAAUAUCAUUAAGGUGGUUUUGACGAACACGGAGCGAAAGCUCGCCCACGCGCUGCGGCGCCUGCGGAAGGUGGAUUUCCGGCGGUACUGGGAGAUCAUCCGCGAUCAUGACGUGCAGGACGUGCUGCAACCCGCGAACCUCGUUACCUAUCGCUAUGGGGUUUACUGGCGGUAUGACUGGAAUGCGGGGCUCGCGAUCAGCACGAAUCUGCCGGAUGUGCUCGAUCCACGCGGGUUGAACGGCUGCGUGGAGACCGGCCGCUCCCGCUCGGAGGUCGCUCGCGAUCUCGGCCUCUCCUACACCCGCCCUCUGCAUGAGAAUGAGAAGAAACAGCUCUCCCAGCAGGCCGUCUACUACGAACGGCUCGCGAAGUUUAAGCUAGAGCAGCCCGAGGCCGCACGCGCACAGGAGCGGGAGCGAUUUGUGCGCAAAUUUUCUGGAAUGUUCCUGAAACUGGAUGUGAAAUCCGGCGCGCCGGACUUCCCGAGCACCUACCGGAAGCUUUUGGGGACGAAGGUGAUCCGAUGGGCCUCGAAGCGGCACGGUCCGAUGUAG